UGGCAGGCUGCCGGUGGUGUGGCGGUAGACGUAAGUAGACGGAGGUAGACAGGUAAACUAGGUACAGUAACUGAUCCACGCACUGAGCCUACUCUCGCUGUCUGCUGCCUGCGCUCACAGUCUGUGCUGGCGAGCUGUUUACCAAACUCAAGAUGGCCACUGGUGAUGUAGUUCUCGUUAAACUGAGAAGAUAUGAUACAAGUCAACCAUGGGGAUUCAAAAUGCAGGGAGGGGCGGACUUCGGACUUCCACUGUUUAUUGCGCAGGUGUCGCCGAAGGGUAUCGCGGGGACGGCUGGACUGAUGGACGGCGAUGGUAUCCUCAAGAUCUGCCGAACUCUAGUCACUGGGUGGACGCACGACCGGGCUAAGGCGGAGAUGAUUCGGACCGGAAACGACUUGGACUUGACAGUUCAGAGGGGUAUGGUUAACACACAGGACCCCAGAGUUCAAGCAGCGGGACAGGCGGCCGCUGGGGGGCGUGUCGAGCUGGUGGAGGAAAGCAUUGACCCACGCAUGAACGAAGGGUCAAAGUUCAGACAGGUCACCCCAAAGACGUAUCAGAUUCUUGAGAAAGAGUUGGACGCAAAAGAACAACAAGUUGACAGCGCAGGUACUAGACCAGCUUCAAUAUUUGACAGAAAGAAACCACAAAGAUCCGGGUAUCUUGUAGCUCAAGGCAAAACCAUUCAAAAGACUUAUGGUGAAUCUUAAGAAACGUGUGUGUCCACUAAAUGCACUCUGUCUGUAGACAAAAAACGCCCAACCCUCGUUCCAGUAAAGCUGUUAAUACUCGCCCACAGUAAAAAACCUCCUGGAGUUUGAAAUUACAUUGCCUUCAUUUGUUGAUCCUACUGGACUCUAUGUUUAGCUAUUCGUUUGUCAAUCUGUCUCGAACUAGCUGAACAUUCGACAUGCAAAUUAUGUACGAUUAAAAAAAUGAGUAAUUGUAAUUUCCAAACUCCACGAGCAGUCGGCAUCUUCACAAUGGAUGAGCUGUUGUAUUUAUAGCUUGGCCUAUUGCAUAUCAAAAUAGUACAUUGUUUCGAAAACAUUUUUGAUUGUCUUUUUUCGUCAAGUCAGAUUGCAAUACUAACAAAAAACCCUUAAACUGCUUGCUGGAACGAGAAGAAAUUCCACUGAACUGCUUAAAUAUACUAAUGAACUCUGGUGUAUCUAAUAUAUUCAAUGACUCAUACGUCGUCUGAAAAGGGAUGUUAGUGUUUCGUGUUAUUGUUUGUUUUAGCUGUUAUAUGCUUGUUUAUAUACACAUGUACACACAUGAACAUACCUAUUGGUCGCCGUUCAAAAUAAAGUAUGGUUAUAAGAUUUUAGCACGUUAUAUAUGUAUAUGCAAAUGUACUAGUUAGAAUGCACAUUUGCAAUCGUUGUUUAACUACUAAACCUGCAUGUCGACCAGCACGGUGUCAGUUCAGCGCCCCGAGAGAUCCACCGCGUAUGAGCCCCACACCCAGCCUAGACAGCCAGUGGUAAUGACAUAUCAAAUCGCUCUGGAGGCUCGUCUACUGUACCAUAAAGUGUAAACUGGUUUUCUGCAGAAAAGAAAAUCCCGAGAGAGAUUUCGCAGACAUAACGCACCUACGACUUAAACUACAGAGUGUUUAUUGGAGGUUUUAUUGACCAAUAUAAAUACGCAAGUGUCUAGGUCUGUCCUAGAACAAACGAUAGCGUUCUGACAAUGAAACAUGUAGCGGGUUCCUGUGAAGACUAUGUCAGAAUUAUGUCGAUAAAUAAAACAAACACACUUUGAGGUCUCCGACAUUGCGGUAUAUGAAGUUUCAAUUUCCACUUUAUUGCUCAGCAACACUGCAACACGGAGCGGUAUAGUCGUCUGAAUGGGUUAUUAUCGUCAGUGGUGGGAUGUGGCUCAGUGGUAGAGCGAUCGCACGUGGCGCGACGAGUCGUACGAUCGAUUACAUUCAUUUAACACACUGCAUGACAACUCAUUCUGAACAUAGUACAUGGCUCCUCAACGAGUACCCACGCGCGCGCGCGCGCACACACACACACACACACACACACACACACACACAGCAUUAGUUGUCUGUUCAAUACGAGUGUUCGUUAGAGCUGGUUUCACUGUGUAAUAUUAAACUGUGUGACCCGGAAACCAGAGACCGUGCUUAUAAAACUUAAAGUCUAGACUUUAAUAAAGUCCAAACUUUAACGUAAUGCUAUUUGAAUGGCGUUGCCAUGACGUUAAAGUGUGGACUUUAUUAAAGUCUAGUCUUUAAGGUUUAUAAGCACGGGGCCUGAAGCUUACAAUCAAACUCAGGACAUCGUAAACAUUAAUUUGGUCUCGAAUCUACUUUUGGAUUAGGAAUAUAUUUUAUAACAUCAUUUAAUUAUUUCUGCAUAUGCGAUGGUCUCCACUUCGUGAGCCUUUUUAGCAGUCAUAUAUAGGCUCACACCACAUACGAUUGCUUCAACUGAAAAACAAUCGCCACCUUUGCGAGUGGAAGAUAUUUGUACUGUCUAAAAUCUAGGAUCAGCGAUUUUAAUGAAAUAGAAUUCGAGAUUCAGAUGCAAUAUUCAUUUGUGGCUUCAUGCUUGCGCUUGAUGAGGUAUGUGGUGGUCAGGCCUAAAACUGGUUAAUUUAUAAGGGUUUUUUUUCUUUCUUAAAGUGCAUUAACAUUUAUAAAAACAGAAUUCAAAAGAUCAAUUUAAAUGUCUUUGGAACACAUAUCCCAUUGGAAUACAAUAGAACACAUACUUGUAGCAUAAUAUAUUAUUGACGUGCGGCAUGCAUUUGUUUUCUUAAAAAGCGUUGUUUUAUCCCUUGUGGCAUGCUUUGCAGUUUUCAAUGACAUCAGUCAUGUAGCAAAUUGUGCUGCACGGCGUAAUGAUAAAGAAAAGAGUUUGAUGUUUUAAUAGCAUUAUUAUGCAUGCAGAGAACGCGGCUACACGAACACGAAGGAACUGAGCCGCGUGCCUGUGAAAGACCUGAUUAAGUUAUAACAUAGUCGUUUUUACUUUAUUGUAUAACGUAACACGUUUUACCUUUAAUUUUGUACCAUUAUUUGAUUGUCUUGUUGAUCUGGAAGGUCGACGUGACUGACGAUCAAACGAAAGUAUAUCGAUCGGGUUUUCAAAAUAGUAAAAAAAAAAUAACACAAAACACAAAUGGAUAGAAGUGUUGUAUUUCGAAGGUAUAAUCAUUUGGAGAGUUCACAAAUAUCAUUCAGGGCUUCUAGAUUAUGGUAGCCCCACUUCCAUGGCUAGUGAUAUUCAACGUUGGAUGAGUAAAUAACUACUAUAUCCAUGCCCGAUGGCUAGUGAAAAAAGUUGUCAGAUGCAUUUAAGUACAUUUUGUAAAUAUAAAUAUCCUGCCCCCCAUAUCUAAGGGUUUUUAUGCUCUGUUUCCAUCUUUAGGUGACCUAUAUCCAAUUAUUCCCAUUUGUAAAAUUGCAUUUACUAAAAGUAGGACUAGUGAAUUUUUAAUCGUGGCUACUAAAUGUUUUUAAUCACUGAUCCUGUGACUAGUGGAUUUUAUAAAACAAAAUUUUAGAAGCCCUCAUCAUUAGAUCAUUAGGGAUAAAAAUAGCUAUUGCACCUCUCUCUCUCUCUCUCUCUCUCUCUCUCUCUCUCUCUCUCUCUCUCUCUCUCUCUCUCUCUCUCUCUCUAUGCGACUAUUUCUAAUUAGUUAAGCUACAUCAAAUGAUACCUACCUAACUUUCUAUGAAACUAUAAUGUGUUUCGGUAUACUUUCUUUUGGUCGUCAUUUCUCUCUCUUAAAGCUUAAUAUAUGUCGUUUCUUCUUUUUGAUGUAUACACAUUUGUAACUACAAACUAUAAUAUAUGUAUAAAGGACAGUAAUUUAUUUUUUAAAAUGUCAUUUCCCUGAAAAUGUUGACAUGUUUUAGUAAAUAAAUACUGUUUGAAUUUG